AUGUUUUCAGAGUUACAUACACGUGAUCAUUGGAUGAAUUUUUUUGCUGCUGAAAGGUACAAGAACGCUGCUAAUGAAGCCUGGGAAACGUACAAACGUCUCGAUACUGAGGCUGAACAAGCCGCUCAAGCCGUCUCAACUGCCGAAACCAAACUAAGCGCUCAAGUCAAGAAAAUUGCUUUCGUGCCUCCAGAGUUCGAAGCUGCUCAAGCCGGUAAAAGACCUAAAUUCGACCUAACUUUCAAAGCUACUCUGGCCGAGAAACCCACUCACGCUACCCAAGGUCAAGCCGCCUCUCCUGCUCAUUUUGCUGUCGACAGUCAUGAUAUUCCAGCAACUGAAGAGCUGGACAUGACUUUGAGCCUUUCCAACCCCACAAACCAAGGGACGAAACUCAAGAGAAAAAGAAAACAAGACCAAUUGGACGACAAUCGUGAAAGUGGUUCAAGAAUCGUCAACGACCUUCAUCCUGCUAUCGCACAGCCUGCAAGAAAUACCCUUCCUGACUUAAACUAUGAGCCAAUCGUGUCAAAAGGUAAACAAACGCUUUGA